AUGGCUCAGACGGAGAGCAACGCAUUGGCGAGGCUGAGGCUGGACACGUCUUUCGAACGAACGCACGAUCUCGGGUGGCGGAGUGAAAAUGAGAACAGAGGAGUGCAGGAUCAUGGCGACGGUAUCGAGGGCGGUCAUACCAACAAGUUCUACGAUUAUGACACGCCCCGUUGCGGUACUGAUGAAGACAAUAGUGCAAUGAAUGGCCUACAUUCAGCGACCCCUCCUAUCUCAGUGCCCCGCCACGAGGAGCCUUCGAAAGAAGAUCUCAGUUAUCCGCACAAACCAGAUGAUGUUCGUGCCUCGCCUCUCGAGAGUUUUAUUCAGAACCGGAGUCCAUCCUUCGAUUUCGACCAUAACGCCAUUCGCGAUAGCGCCCAGCAGGAGCCGCUGGGAGAACCGUUGCCGAAACGCAAUACCAGUAUCAGAAAUUUUCAGCGUUUCCAACCACGAAGCUCAGGGUUGAGGAACGCUUUGUCGCAAGAGGAUGAUGAAGCUUCUCAGCCAAAGUACCCAGCCUGGGGUUUCAGCCCCAGAAAAUAUCAAAGCCAACGGGCUUUUCCAACUGCAAGCCCUCGUGCUGUAUUUCCGACCAGCCCAAACGACGAUCUACCGGCAAAUGCUACUUCUCUGACGUCAGUGUCCACUGCAUCACCUCUUGCUGAGGAGCUGCGAACUCCUCCAGAGGGAUUCAGGGGGAUGUCGUCGCCACUUUGCAUGGCAUCCCCCAACUCCUUAGAUGACCGCAGUUCCUGGUCCGGCAGCGCUGUGACGCCUUUCGGGAGUAAACCACGGGGUCUUCGGAGCAACACGACCCAAAGCCGGCGGUCUACUACCUCAAGUGGAAAAUCCCCAGCUAGCAUGUUCUUGUCCAUGUGGAGUGGUCGUCCAGAGACAGAGCCUACUCCACAGCCUGACGACGAAGGUCAGAUGGUCGGGACGGAGUACGUGCUUGGCAAACCGAUAGGCCAUGGAGGUUUUAGUACAGUGAAAGAGGCAUAUAAGGUGGAGGAACAUGGAGAGCCACGACGGUUGGCUGUCAAGAUUGUUAAGAAGCAAAUUUCGGAUAAGAGCGAGAAGGAGAACGACGAAGUUCAGGCAGAGUUCGACCACGAAGUUCGAGUGUGGCGGUAUCUCAAUCAUCCCAACAUCCUAACCCUGGAUGCUGUCUAUGAAACGGACUAUGCGACAUUCUGUUUCACCAAAUACGCUAUCGGUGGUACUUUAUUUGAUUCGAUCCGUCAAAACCGCAAUGGUCUGGAGACCAGUCUCGCAAAGAAAUAUACCUACCAACUCGCAUGUGCGCUGCGAUACCUACACGAAGAUGCACGGGUAGUGCACAGAGACAUCAAGCUCGAGAACUGCCUUCUCGAUCCAGUCGAAGGCACACAAACGUCAAACCUCGUCCUUUGCGAUUUCGGCAUGGCAGAGUGGAUGGCAACGGACAACGGUCCGGAUUCGCCAGAUCCGUACGACGACGAUGCAGACCGUCCACCACCAAAGACCAUUGGACCUGCGGAGUCAAGUACCAGCGUCGCCGGAAGCUUGGAAUACGCGUCUCCAGAGUUACUACAAUCCUCAAACGGGAUCAUCGACCCCGUGGUGGACAUCUGGGCCUUUGGUGUCAUUGUGUUCACUGUUAUUGUCGGCUCACGGCCGUUCCAGGACCCCUUCAAGCCUCGCGUGCAAGCAAAUAUCAUUGCCGGUAAAUGGGAUCAACAAUCGGUGCUGGGAAUGUUUGAGGACCCGCAUACUCGCCAAGAUCGAGAGGACGCACUCGAGCUGAUCAAAGGCUGCCUCGAGAUGGAUAUUGAGAAGCGUUGGACUAUUCGAGAGAUCUUGUCGUCACGCUGGUUGGACGGAUUUGCGGAAUGCAGUUCGCCAAUUCCUUGGAGGCUAUAA